AUGAUAAAAGAAUUAAUUAUUGUUAAAAACCUAUUCAUGUAUUGGUUUUCCUGCUAACACUACAAGUUUAGCUCCUUAAUUUCCAGAUUUUAGAUUUAUUGUGUUUUCUUAUUAAACUUCAAAAGAAGCAGCCUGAUAUUAUUAUAUUUUUACUUAGUUUUGCCCUGCUCUUGCCUCUCCAUCAUACAAGUAAACUAGCCCCUGGUAAUGGUCAGGUACAGUCUACUCAAAGUAGUAAUUUUUAGGAAGGUGUAUGUCAAGAUAAAAAAUAGGAGUACAUGUUUAUACUGGACCAGUAACUCCAUAUGA